AUGGGGGGUGUGCUGACAGAGUCAUGGUUCAGUAAUAUAUGGAGAAGUUCGAGAAAGAGCAUGGCACUGGAACCUGAAAAGCUUGUGAUAGGAAUUUUAGCCUUUGAAGUCUCAAGAUUGAUGUCAAAGGUGGUUUAUUUGUGGCAAUGUGUAGAUGAUAGGCAAAUUGUUAGAUUCAGAGAAGAGGUCGUAAACUCACUUGGUAUUCAAAAGCUCGUUUCUGAUGACAAUGAGUAUCUCAUGGAUCUUGCUCUUGCUGAGACAUUAGAGAAUUUGGGAAGUGUGGCAAAAUCGGUGGCUAUACUGGGGAAGAAGUGUGCCGAUCCUACAUAUCACAAUCUUGAGCGUGUUUUUGAAAACCCAGUUGAGAUUAAUCUCAAAUGGAGUGGUUGGCAAUAUAAGCUGAAGAAGAUGGAGACGAAGGUUAAGAAAAUGGAAAGGUUUUUUGGCUCCACUGAGCAGUUGUUUCAAGAGCUUGAAGUGUUGGCAGAGCUUGAGCAGAGUCUGAGGCGGAUGCAGGCUGGUGCUGGUUUAAGCCAGGUGAAAUUGCUCGAGUUUCAGCAGAAGGUCAUGUGGCAACGUCAGGAAGUGAAGAAUCUGCGGGAGAUGUCUCCUUGGGUUAGAUCGUAUGACUACAUCGUCCGCCUUUUGCUUCGAUCCAUUUUUACGAUUAUCGAGAGGAUCAAACAUGUAUAUGGGAUAAACAAUAUAGAAAAUGUAGAAGCAAUUAAUCAUUAUGAGUGCUUCCCUGAUGAUUGUCUUACUCGUAAUAAUUCCAUCUCUGCUAUUUUACAAUUACCACUUUCUCCAUCUGAAAACCGCCUGUCUAGAUUUCCAGGUCCUUUUGGAAGGUCAUUUUCAAAUCUGGGUCUGAACCGUGAUAAGAAUAGAUCUAGGAACAAGAAGUUGCACACCCGCUCACUUUCUUCUCUCGGUUGUGGAAAACCACAACAAACAAAAUCAAGACGUUUUGAUCCCGUUGGACCUUUCAAAGGAUGCAUGACUGGUGAAAGUGAUUCACCUGUUGUACAGAGCUACACACCAUCGAGCAGUGGCUCUUUGAGAUCAAAUUGUGCUUCUCAGAGAUAUGCUGAUGAAAUGAAAGACACCAAUGCAGUUCCUAUUGUACACAGUAGCAUAACAUCAAGUAAAGUAUCGUUCUUCAAUUACAAGCGGCAGCUGUUAAAUCCCCCUCCUUCUACUCUAGGUUAUGCUGCUUUAGCUCUCCAUUAUGCAAAUAUCAUCAUAUUAAUAGAGAAACUUGCUUCAUCUCCUCACUUAAUCAGCCUUGAUGCUAGAGAUGACCUUUAUAAUAUGUUGCCUGCAAGUAUCCGAAGCUGUCUUAGGGCAAAGUUAAAGGUAUUUUCCAAAUCUUUGGCUUCAUGUGUUUAUGAUGCUGCCUUUGCAGCAAACUGGAGCUUCGCAGUUUCUAGAAUACUCGAAUGGUUGUCUCCACUUGCUCACAGCAUGAUAACAUGGCAUUCUGAGAGAAACUUUGAGAGGCAGCAAAUGGUUUCCAGGACAAAUGUGCUCCUUGUCCAAACCCUUUACUUUGCAAAUCAAGAAGAGACUGAAGCAGCAAUUGUGGAACUUCUCAUGGGCCUAAAUUACCUCUCAAGAUUUGCUCAGGAAAUUACUGAGAAGCCCUUCCGAGAGUCUUCAUGCAGCAGAGGAUGUGAUGGUAAUAUGUUCCCCAGUGAUACUAUUAUUGCAACAUGA